AUGUCGGAAGUAACCGCUAUAGAACCCACGUUGAAUAGUUCGUUUUCUAUUGAAGAACCAUCGAUGAACAAAAAGAGCGAAGCUUUAACACCGUUACAGGGUGAAAAUGAUAAGAUAAAAGAUACAGAUAAUACUAUUCGACCACAGACAUGUUUUCUUUGUCAAGAAUCUCUCCGUGAUAGAUCACCAAAAUUAUUAGCAUGUUUACAUUCCGUUUGUGAAAACUGUUUACCAUCACUGCGCGAACCGCUUGGUAGUACAUACAAAUGUUCAAUUUGUCAUUAUACAAAUCGAUCAGAUAUGAUAUGCGAUAAUUUAUAUUUAACAAAUGAUGAAGACAGCGACAAUGGACAAUCACAAAUUGAACAAACCAUUAAUGAUGUACCUCGUGUAAAACGGACGUGUCACAAUUGUGAAGAAGGAAAUAUUAGUGACUGGUACUGCAAUAAUUGUCAUGAUUGGCUUUGUGAAGAAUGUAAAAAUGCUCAUUCGCGUGUUCGUUUAACAAAAGAUCAUAUUGUCAUUCAGAAAGGUUUUGAUCAGGCAACUCGACAUGAUAAAUUAAUAUAUUGUUCGAUUCAUAAACAAGAAUUGAUCCGUUUCUAUUGUGAAGAUUGUAAUUUAUUGAUUUGCCAUGAUUGUCAGCUAGAACAACACACAGAUCAUCGAUAUAUGUUUAUUGAUACGGCCGUUCAUUCACAACGUAAAAAUUUACGAUCAUUAAUGAGUAAAGUUAGAGAAUGUCGAACAAUGUUAGACAGAUGUCAGAUUGCAACGGCUCAACGUGGUCAAGUUAUUGAUACUGCUGAAGUAAUUAAUGAUAUUAAAGUGUUUGGUAUGCAUAUUAUAUCUGAAGUGAGCAAUGUAUGUAAAGAGUUGAUUAACGAUAUGAAUGCUAUAUGCGAAAAGGCACGAAUUCAAUGUUCAGAAAAACAAAAUCGUCUUGAUCAAUUUAUUCAAAAUGUUGAUCAUUCGCUUGAAUUUACAGAUGAAGCAGUGAAUACAGGCAAUAAAAUUGCCUUAUUAUCUUCAAUACGUUCGAUAUCCAAUCGUCUUAAUGAUAUACUGAAUGAUAGUUAUAGAUGGUCAAAGUCUUCAAAUCAAUUUCAGUUAUCAUUUCAAUUCGAACCAGACCGAUUUCGACCAGUAAUCUCAAAAUUAGGUAUUUUGUUCGUAAAUGGAAAACCAGUCACUAAAGCACAUCAACAAAAACCAGAUUUAAUUAUAAAAAAUAGCCGAGAAAUAUUAAAUCAAACCAACCAUAAAGAACACAAAAUGAUAAACAAUGAUAGUACAUUGGAUGAACAUAAUCAGAUAUCCGAUUCAGAAAACGUCGAUAAUAGUCGUAUGGCUAUCAGAAGAAAUGAUCAACAUAGAAUGCAGUCCGAAUUGCCAAAGAUUCAAACGAAUUAUCAAAAUACAAGUAGUAAUCCCACGACAUACGUAGACUUUCAUCAGAGCCAAGAACAAACAACAAAUGGGCAACAAGAUCAAAAAUCAUCUCUUAUCGAACAAGUAGAGCAACAAAAUACACUAGUUGCUGAACAACAACAACAGCAGCAACAAGUUCUAGAUACAAGUGAUGAUUUCUGUGCAGUCUGUCGAACAGGUGGAGAUCUUCUCUGCUGUGACAUUUGUCCGAGAGUAUAUCAUAUCGACUGUCAUGUGCCACCACUUGAUGUUUUACCGAAUGGUGAAUUUAAAUGUGGUAUUUGCACAGAAAUUGUACCUGAUGAGCAACAAUCGACAAAUGACUCAUCCGAAAAUAUUGAUGAGACGAAACAGUUAACAUUGAAACGAAAGCAUGAAAAUGGCAAUGAACUCACACCUCAUGAACAUCAAAUAUGUGAAAAAAUUCUUUUACAGUUGUAUAUUCAUGAUGGAAGUUCUCCAUUCCAAGAACCAGUACCAUCAACUAUACCUGAAUAUUAUCAUAUAAUAACAAGACCGAUGGAUUUUCGAACAAUAAGAGAAAAACUUUGCUCUAUUUAUAAGUCUUAUUCAUCAAUUCAUGAAUUUAUUGCUGAUAUUCAACUUAUAUUUCAAAAUUGUGCCACAUUCAACCUCCCUGAUUCUCCAAUAGCAAAAGUAGGUUUAGCGUUACAAAAAUACUUCGAAAAUUUAUUGGAAAAAUAUUUAAACACGAGUUCUGCAUUAAAUCGAAGUAUGCCAGAUAAUGAUUCAUCGUCCGUUAGACAACCGCGUACACACCAAUCUAAUCAAGUAUAUCAAGUGAAACAUAAACGAAAAAAAGCCCCAGAAGAAAUUGUACAUUAUAUUAAUUGA